AUGAAAAGAAAGUGGGAUUUAAUUGAUGGAUGUAUGGAUCAGAACAUUUUCUCUUCUUUGUCUCUUGGACUUGGACUUUCAACAAGUUUCUCAGACAGCAAGGAGAGUUCAGCUACUUAUUGCACUGCUUUGUCUUCAUCCAAAGAGAUUAAUGAGGAAUGGUCUAUGCCUAUGGAUAUUGAACUGGACUUUGCACUUAAUCUUGGCUCCAAAAAUUGCUUUGGAGAGUUGAGCAUUUCCACACAGUCCUCCAAAUCAGAUAUUACCGGUGUUUGUCAGAGUCCCUCUCGGACACCACCUCUUCAAUUGAACACGGAGGCCGCCUUAGUAUUCAGCAGGACACCAAAUGCAGAUGAGGGAUCAACUUCAUUUAUACGUAAAUCAGGGCUUGUUUCACUUAAUCCAGGCGCUAUGGUUGGUGAUGUCACAAAGCAAGCUGAAAUGAAAGAGCUGAAGGCCGGACGUUGUACUGCAAGUCUCAUGGAGGAGGCAGGCAAUGUGAAUAUCUUGGUUGCACUAACAGUGCAGAAGGACGUACAGAUUUCUGUAUUGUUCAUGGUGGUGGCCAGAGGUGCAGUCAUCAUGAGGGCAGUAUCCAAGCUGCCAGAGGGAAAUCUGGAUUGUGUAUUUGGCAUGGUAGUGGCAAGAGACGUGAAACAGAAAAAUGUACCAAGAAUGCAGAAGGCCUAG